AUGUCCUCUGAUACUCUACCAAACACAAGAUUCCAAUACAUCAGAAUUAUUCCAUCUCAGGAAGGUACUGAAGCAUGCUCUGCUCCAGUUGAGACCUCAUUCACUGAAUAUAAGGGUACUGUUGUGAUUACUGGUGCUCCAGCAGCCUUUUCUCCAACCUGUUCUGUUUCUCACAUUCCAGGUUACGUUCAAAAGUUGAACCAAUUGGUCGAUGCCGGUGCAUCUCAAGUCUUCGUUGUUACUGCUGACAAUCCAUUUGCUAACCAACAAUGGGCCAAGACUCUAGGUGUCAAGGAUACCGACAAGAUCAAGUUCAUCACUGAUGCCGGUGCCAAGUUUUCCCAAUCUUUGGGCUUUGCCUUGCCAAUUGAGUCCGGCGUUUUCUGGGCCAGCAGAUACUUGGUAAUUGCCAAGGAUGGGAAGAUUGUUUACCAAGCCGUUGAAGAAAACCCAGCUACUGAUGUUACAGUUUCUUCCGUUGAUAAUGCCUUGGAACAAUUGAACAAGAUUAAAUAG